GUUAUAGCGCGGUGGCCGCGAGCUUUCGGGCAACCAUUUGAAACUGCUGCGGAUGAUCGAGGAUGGCGUGCGCUUCAACGUGGUGGGGGCGCCAAGGGAAGAAGCGGCGCAUCGUGUUGCAGAUGCUAGCACAAGCGCUUGGGCCGGGAGUCGACCCGGAGACCUACCUGACGGGGCGCGAGCCGCACCGCGUGCAGUUCCCCAACCACCGCAGCGCAGCCAGCUCCCCAACGCACGCCGCCUUCAUCGACCGGGAGUGGGACCCCAGCUGGGGCCCGCCGACCGUCACCAACAGCCUGCGCGUGGUGGAGGGCAAGAAGCUGCGGCUGUUCAUGAACCCCAUGUACCCCAACCUGUUCAUGGAGAUUCCCACGCUGAAGUACGAGUCCGUGCUGAACCUGCCAACCUUCCUCCGCAACGGAAACUUCAUGUUCACCCCGGACCACAAGAGCGGCUACUGGAACCUACUGCUGCACCCCAGCAUGUACCGCGCCUGACACGGCUGCCAGGUUGCUCGCCCUCGUCCGGGAUCUCGAAGGCGGUGGCUGCCGUGGGGCCAUCGGCGGCGGGAGCCGCUGUGGUACCGGCCGUGGUCUCUGGGGCCUCUGGCGGAGCUCUCCGCUGGAGGAAGCGGUGCAGCGUGCCCACAGUCCACUGCUCGUGGGGCGUUGUUCGGGGCGGUGAGGCCGGUGAGAGUCUGCGCAUUGGGCAGGGCGCGUCGUGUUGCAUCCAGGGGGUGCACACUGUUGUGUCGUGUGGCUUGUGCUCGGGUGCUGGCGUGGAGGGCAAGCGUGAGUCUGUUGAGAGCCAACUGGUGUUGCCGUGUCACUGGUUUGCCCCACGCUGUGUUGCGUAGGGUAUUGGUGUCGAUCAGAUGGGUGCCGUCCGGCGUCAUGAGCUUGCGGAAGUCGUUGGUGAAUUCGAGAAGUGGUGCGAUGUACUGCAAGGGGAGGGCGGGGUCUGCGCUCGUGUUGCGGAGGCUGUUUAGGAGGGCGGUGAGGCCGUGGAGGGUGGUGUGUUACGUACGACGCGCCCUUGUGCGUUAGUUCAAGGCCGGGCUUUUUAAGGAGGGUUAGUUGCUUGAGGUUGGUGAUGUAGAAUUGACAUUGCUUGCGCAGUUGGUCCGCCGGUACUUUUUGUGCCAUGCUGUAUUGCAGGUCGAGCAUGGCGCGGGUGACGGCGCCGAGCCGGCCUCCAUCGUUCAAGGCUUGCACCAGUGCUUUGCCGGCGCGCCGGAUGUACAGCUCGCGGACGCUGCCCACGCCUAGGCCAAGCGCGUUGGUGGGCUGGAGGGCGGCCAUGUUAGGGAAGCUCCGUUUCAGAC